AUGGAGUCUAUCUAUGGAAACUUUAGCGACAUAACAGAGCCCGAGAAGUGGACUCCGCCCCCGGAAUCAGGUGGUCAUCGGGGCCGAUAUUUGUGGACGGACGCGUUUGGGGUGAUCAAUCUGUUGACUAUGCACAAAGAGUACCGUCAAGCAGGCAAUAACAACUACCAAGAUGAUCGGUAUCUUGUGCUAGCACGUCGACUGAUCGAAACUGUGCACGAUAUCUUGGGUCGAACACGAGAUGGGCGGUCGCGAUUACCAGGCGCCACUGACCAGAACCCUCUCGGGGGUGGACUGCGCAUAGGAAAGACGGACGAAUAUGGACCUGACUCCGAUGGGCAGUAUCAUCAUUACUUGACAGUAUGGAUGUUUGCACUGAAUCGCAUGGCGAUGGCAUCGGGCGACAUGAACUAUAACCGACAGGCCGUGCAACUAGCUCGCGCCAUUCACCCCAAGUUCUUCGUUGAUCGCAAGGCUGCACGUCCGCGCAUGAUCUGGAAGAUGUCCAUGGAUUUGUCAAAGCCGCUAGUUAACUCCGAAGGCAACCUCGAUCCCAUCGAUGGGUACGUCACCUUUCGUCUGCUUCAAGCGACAGCAGCAGCAGCAGGUGAAAUGGACGUCUUGGAGGAGGAGAUCGCUGACUACAGGCGAGUGAUGGACCGCAAGGGGUCACAUUUUGUCUCGAAGGAUCCACUGGACUUGGGCAUGACCCUAUGGACGGCACACUGGUUCUCUGAGACGGAAAGCUGGGCAUCAAGCCUUGUCACAAGGUGCUUCGAGCAGCUAUACGAUCUUUUCGAAAUCAACAGAUAUCUUGAACGCAGCAUCAAAUUUCGCUUGGCUUUUCGGGAGUUUGGCACGUGUAUGGGUCUUCAAUGUGAAUCAGAGCAGACUGGGGAAAAGGAACGAGCAGUUGAUUUCAAGAGCUGGUCCGAUGCAAUCAUUGCCGCCUGGGAUCCUUACAUGGAGCUCUCAGCCCCGGCACACUUGACCCCAGCUGAUCUACGGCCCAUUACUCGUGUCAUGUAUGCUUCGGCUUUGAUUCCUGGCGCCUUCUGUUCGGGUUAUCUAGGCCCUGAACCAAAGAAUGUCACCUGA